AUGCAUUUGAUACCAAACAGUUUUUUCCUACUUGCUUAUCGGGAUUUCUUCCAAAAGUUCAAAACGAUAUUCUUAAUUUUCUGGAUUUUAAAAGCGCAAGAAGAUGCGCAUCUGUACAAGAAAUACACGAUUGGUGUUUUUGAUCGUUCACAAAUAAUCAAACAGUACAAUGAUCACUCAACAGACGUAUCACCAAAUAUGCCUCACAAUGGUUGCGCAGGCUUCGAAUCCUCAUUUUUCAUACAUCUGCGAAGACACUGGGAUUUGAAUCCGAAACCGCUGGAGUUUGUUAAUUGGUUUUUGCAAGAUUGGCGUCGAGCAGCUGAUAAAGUGAAAGCGAUUGUUGAAACGCGAGUGCAAAAUUAUCAAAAUUCAUGGAAUUCCUAUUUCCGGGCAUUGGUUCCACCGGAAACGGGUAUUUUUAAACGGCCAACAAAUGAAAGUUAUAAACUGGUACGAGCAAAUCCUGGUACCAUGCGUAGAACUCACAAAGGUAUGUCAUUGUAUCCUCGACGAAAGAAACGGCAAUUUGAUGAAAUUGACAGAAUUUCGGAGCUUCGCCGUAUGCGUUUGCGGAAUAGAUUUUCGGAACUGGAACGAGAUACGCUGAUUCUCAUCCGAGCUGUCAGCUUCUUUUUGAAUCCGAUGUAUCGUUUCUGGCUGGAGCCAGCUGUACUUCGUGAUGUUAUGCAUGAACAUGUUCAGGUAUUUCCUUUUUUUUUGCUCGAUUAUUUUGUGAUUUAA